AACCCCCAACCCCGCCGCACGGCCACCGGAAACGCUGCUUAAACCUCGUUCGGCGAAGCAUCCACCAUUUCCGUUUUUUAAUUCUUUCAUUUGGGGAUUAUUUAAAAAAAAGAUCUUUCAUUGGGGGAGAAGACGGUAAUAGAAGAACAAGAAAAUGGAGAGGGUUAGGGAUCAAAGGACGAAAUCUGUCAAACCCUCAACGAUUCAUGGGUUGGCUCAAUCUGGAGAUCUCAAUGCGUUCCGGAAGAUGCUCAAUGACAACCCUUCUCUCCUCAAUGAACGCAACCCCAUUAUGGCCCAAACGCCACUUCAUGUUUCAGCUGGCUACAAUAACACUGAUAUUGUUAAGCAUUUGCUUGCUUUCCAAGGCCCCGAAAAGGUGGAGUUGGAAGCAAAGAACAUGUAUGGGGAGACACCAUUGCACAUGGCUGCUAAGAAUGGAUGUAAUGAAACUGCAAAGAUGCUUCUCUCCCAUGGUGCUCAUGUUGAAGCCAGAGCAAAUAACGGGAUGACUCCAUUGCACCUUGCUGUGUGGCACUCAAUUCGAGCUGCAGACUAUUCAACAGUGACGACAUUGUUAGAAUAUAAUGCUGAUUGCAGUGCAGAAGACAAUGAGGGCAUGACUCCCAUACAUCAUCUCUCUCAAGGCCCCGGAAAUGAAAAAUUACGAAAGUUGCUUCAUUGGCAUCUUGAGGAGCAGCGAAAACGCAAGGCCAUUGAAGCAUGCAGCGAGACCAAGGUGAAAAUGGACGAGCUCGAAAAGGAAUUAUCUAGAAUAGUUGGGUUACAUGAGCUAAAAGUGCAACUCCGAAAAUGGGCAAAGGGGAUGCUACUGGAUGAGAGGCGUCGGGCCCUUGGACUGAGAGUUGGUGCCAGAAGACCACCUCAUAUGGCUUUUCUUGGGAACCCUGGAACAGGAAAAACAAUGAUAGCUCGAGUGCUUGGAAAACUACUUUAUAUGGUGGGGAUUCUUCCGACGGACAAGGUAACUGAAGUACAGAGGACAGAUCUGGUUGGGGAAUUUGUUGGUCAUACGGGACCAAAGACAAGGAGAAAGAUCCAAGAAGCUGAGGGGGGAGUUCUGUUUGUUGAUGAAGCCUAUAGACUAAUACCUAUGCAGAAAGCCGAUGAUAAAGACUACGGUUUAGAAGCACUAGAAGAGAUAAUGUCCGUCAUGGAUAGUGGGAAAGUUGUAGUAAUAUUUGCAGGCUACAGUGAACCAAUGAAGCGCGUGAUAUCUUCUAACGAAGGCUUUUGUAGAAGAGUGACCAAGUACUUCCACUUUGAUGACUUCACCACAGAAGAUCUUGCAAAAAUUCUUCAUCUGAAAAUGAGCACUACUAACCUAGAAGCCAAAGGAGGGAGUUCAUUGUUUGGGUUCAAGCUGCAUCCUUCAUGCAGUGUUGAAGCUGUUGCAGAUCUGAUAGAGAGGGAGACCACAGAAAAGCAGCGCAAGGAGAUGAACGGAGGCUUACUGGACCCAAUGUUGGUCAGCGCAAGAGAAAAUUUGGACUUCAGACUCAGCUUUGACUGUGUGGACACAGAGGAAUUACUCACCAUCACAUUGGAGGAUUUAGAAGCCGGCCUUCGCCUGUUAUUUCAAUAAAAGCAAGUGUCCAGAAAGGAACCCAGAAGCAAUGCUGUAGGAGAAGAAAAAAAAGUUGUAUCCAAAUACAAGUUUUGGGUAAGUUCUGUUAUGUCCUGGCAGUUUGGCAAUGCAUGGCAUAAUUUUGAUUUUCUGUCAUUAUUCUUUAUACCUCUGUGGUCAUCAUAAUUGUUCAUCAUGUUGUAUUCUGAAAUGCCCCGUUACAUUCGUAUGUUAUUCUAACAGCGGAAUUCUUUGCGGGCGAUGUUUGUAGAUGUAUAGCUAUGUAUAGGAGACUACGAUGGUGGAAAGUAUUCUUGUAUUCUUUGGCUGGAACAAUAAUGGAACCUGUGUCUA